AUGACUUCGAUCAACUCAACUCAAUCACUGGUCCUGGAUUUACCUCCCAGCUGUAUCGAGUUCUGCCCUGUAGCUCGCGACUAUCUUGUCGUCGGUACAUACUUUCUCGAGAAGAAAGAGCAGGAUGCUAGUGUAGGAGAUACUGCAGAAGAUGACGAUGAAAAGAGCGGAGAUGCAGAUAAGAAGCCUCAGACCAGAACUGGCUCGUUGGUUCUGUUGAGGGUUGAGGGUGAUGAGGUGUAA